AUGACUCCGGUAAAUAAUAGCAGCAAAAAGGAGAAAUCUGGUCCCAUUGAAUAUUCCCCAGCCGCUGAAUUGAUAAGAAAGCAUCCCUAUUCUUCUAAAAAGCCGCGAAAAGGUGCACCGAAAAUGGAGGAAGACAAAUUUCUAAGUCCAAUUGCUCCUGCGAGUUGUAGCUCAACGAAAAGCGAUCAUUUCGAGUUGCCGAAAAUUGAUUCACUACGUUUCAAACCAAUUAAGACGCUUUCAAGUAGAAUUGAUGGGACAGAAUAUAUUGAGGAAGCAUCAACUGAACUCAUUCAAGAAAUGUUGGAAAUGGGUCGAAUUGAUGAGGCAAUGCAAUAUGCCGACACUUUAUAUGCCAAUUUUGUUUCGGAAAAUAAAGUAGAUAUCGUCGCACUGGCCGAUUACAUAAAAAUCUUGACGGUUCUACGACAAUGGCGUCGAAUCAACCAUUUAAUUGCUAGAAACAAUUAUCACCAAAUCCAUAUUGUGUUCGCUUAUUAUGCGGUCACUGCACUAUUUCAUAGAAAACUUUAUGAGGAUAUUAUUGAUAUUCCGGUUGGACAUCUUAUACCGCAUAUGCUCGAUUAUAAUUUGCCGAUUCGAUCGCCGUCGCAUGUUACUGGAAAAAGUGUGGAAGACGAAAGAACUAACUACUCAUUCGCGAAUAUGGCUGAACUGGACUCAAUAGCAAGAAAAAUGGGAUUGGCACCUGCACUUACUCUUGUGUUUGCCGAGAGUUUUCUGAAAUUGAUGAACCGUGAUUCGGCUAUGUUGUGCAUUGCGUAUUCUGUCAAACACAUCAAAUCACCAGUUCUUGUUGAGCGAUUGAUGACGAAAUACAAUCUUGUGGAACCAAGUGAAUGGGAGAAAUACAAGAAAGUGCGGAAGGCGCAAUUGGCUCUACAAGAAAGUAGUUUCGAUCCUAAUGUAUUAAUCGAAAGAGCUCAAUUUGCUUACGAAAUGGGAAGAUUUGCGGAAGCCAAGAAAUUGACUGAUUUAGUAUUUGAUAAUUACGGACCGCAUCCAAAUUGUAUGCUCUUACGAAUUCACUGUAUGGUUAUACUCAAGGAUACGCGCGGAUUACUUGAUCUUGGGCAUCAGUUAGUUGCCGAUGAUCCUCAUAUUGCUCUUCCUUGGUAUUGUGUCGCUCUUUAUUAUUAUACUAUUGGCGCAAAUGCCCGUGCACGUUCCUACAUCAGCAAAUGCACUGUUAUGGAUUCUACAUUUGCCGAUGCUUGGGUUGCUUUUGGUCACAUUUUACAUUAUGAAGUUGAGCAUGAGCAGUCGAUGAGUUGCUAUUAUCGUGCUUCGAAACUUGUUGAUCGUAGCUCGGAGCCUUUCCUUUAUGUUGCUCUGCAAUACAGCACUCACAGUCAGAAAUUGAGCAAGAAAUUCAUGGCUGAAGCUGUCGCGCGUUCACCGAAAGAUCCAAUGAUUCGGCAUGAGCAAGCUUGUAUUGCAUACGCAGCCAAGAAUUUUGAAGAAGCGGAAGAAAUAUUCAUGGAAGUUCUUUAUAUGGUCACGGAGGCGCCUGAAGACAUGGAUGUCAAAGAUGUUCUCAAAAAAAGAAUUGAAGACUUUUGGCGACCAAUGGUUAAUAAUUUGGGGCAUAUUUCUAGAAGAAGAGGAAAAUUGGAAGAUGCGAUCAUGUUCCAUAAACGAGCAUUGAAAAUGGAACCAAAAUUUGUCGAUGCGAUCGCUUCGAUUGGCAUUUGCAAUGCUAUAUUGGGAAAUAUAAAUACUGCAACUGAAUUCUUUAAUCGCGCGUUAGCUAUUGAUCCGUUUAAUGAGACAAUUCGUCAAUGUAUGUCAAGAAUGGUUUUGACGGAACAAUCGAUUCAUGACAUUGACGACUUUAAGUUCACUGAUUAUCUUGAAUCUCCGCAAGAAGUGAUACCAAAUUCAUCUCUUCGUAAGCCUCACAAUGAUUCUUGGAUGAUAAGUUCGCUUCCAAAAUGCACGACGCCAAUGGCUUCUAUGAUUAAACAAUCAUUGGAGAAACGAUAA